GGGCGACCAUCGCGAGCAGUAAACAGCCUAUUUGACAGUUGACACUAUAGAGCACUCCACGGACUCCGGUUUGCAAUAGCUUUUACCUUGAGAAAAUUGAUAAAACCAACAAUUAGUGACCAGCCGAGAGUCACUGACGCUUAUUGAAUCUUUCUUCUCGCUGUUACUGUAAAAUUCAGGUUUUUAAUUAUCUCAACUGACUUAAGGACUUUAACUGAACUUCAACAAGUAGAAAUGCCACGAGUGAAAUGUAACACUCCAAAAUCUCUAGUAAAAGGAUGUGUUGAAUUUAUUGCAAAUAACUUUGAUAUAUGGUGUAAACAAUCACCAAUUGAACUAUAUGAAAUUGGUCCCGAAAUAGGCAGCAAUCCCUUUGAUCAAUUACCCUGUACAGUUUUAGAACAUAUUGUUAAAGCAAACAGAAACAUAGACAAUAUAGUUUUGCAGCAUCUACUUACUCCACAACUCACUAGGGUAGUUCUGUGUGGCCAAGAACUUCUUGAACUUGCUUCAAAUAGAUGCCCUCAGCUGAAACAUUUGAGAAUAAAUGGUUGUAAAUUGAAUUUCUGGCCAAAAUUUGAAAAACUGCAAGUAUUACAAUUUUCUUCAGGUGGAGCUGAAGAUAGCUUUUUACAUACUAUUGGAACUUACUGUACCGAUUUAAGGGAAUUGGAUCUUAGACGCUGCCAUCGUGUGACUGAUUAUGGCAUUCAAGGACUGUGUGUCAGUGUGGAUAAUCUGGGUAGAAAUUGUGAAACUCUGGGACAAUGUAAAUCCAUUCAGUUAUUAAGUCUUGAGCGCACAGUAAGGGUGACGAAGAAGGGUUUACAAAUGGCGCUCAAUAACAUGCCUAUCUUGAGAAACCUACAUCAUGACGCUACUGUUGAAGCCUUGGUAGAAAUUGCAAACAAUUCAUUAAAUGGCAGACUCCUGGAUCCCCCCGAAUUCGCCUUGUCCGUGCUACGUAUGCCCUUCAACUCACCUGAUUAUGAAAGUGGUAACUUAAGAUUAGCAUUGUCCUUGUGCCCUUCCGUUACGGUGUUACGUAUCGUAGAGGCAGAGGGAUUUUCUAAUAUAGACCUUAUAGGGCUAUCCUUAAUGGCCCUUAAAAGCAUACGCGAGCUCUCUAUAUAUGGAGAUUUGAAAUUACAAAAUCACAUCCACAGUAAAUUGACUUUUAAUGGGGGUGUGGUUCCACUUCUGAAAGCUAUUGGAAUUAUGCUUAAGAGGCUUAAACUAGAAAAUUUAAAAAAUGUCAAUAUUGAAACUGUAGUAGAAUUUUGUCCAAAUCUUUUAAAAUUUUGUCUAAUUGACAAUCUUAGUUAUACUACAACUUGUCAAAAAGUGCAAAAAUCUGUGAUAUUCCAACAAAGCAAAGAAAUUUCAAUGUUUCAAAAGCUUAGGAUUUUGAACAUAGAAAUACUUCAAUUUGAAGAAUUCAUUUUAACUGGACUUAGCAGCAGUGAUCAUUUGAUGAAGUUGGAAACAUUAGUUCUUCUAUUGUCUUCUCCCUUGUUGAGUAAUAUUACUAUUUUAAGUUGUGAUUCUCUCACUGAUCACGUUUUCUUUGCGGCCGCUAAGCUCCACCACUUUCAGAAUCUCGAGAUAUUGUUCCUACAAAAUUGCCAUUAUGUUACCAAAUUGGGUAUCGAUAUUUUAAUGCAAGAUGGCAACGUUCUGGAAAGAGUCGAAUUGAACGACUGCAUGAAUGUAUCUUCUGAAAAAAAUAUGCAGGAUUGGGUUGGCCAAGCAAAGAAGAAAAAUUGGAUAUUAGCAGUCGAUUGUGAUGAGAAGUCGAUGUGGAACUGAUAAAAUUUGAAAAUAAAUGUGUGAUUUCUUCGGA